AAUUUCUCGGAACUCUUUAAUAGUAACAUAGGUACGCGUAUCUCUCACCAUAUAUAUAUAUAUAUAUAUACACUUGAUAGAAGAGUUACGUAUUAUCAAUAUUUUUAUAAUAACGUAAAAUCCCCCACCUUGUUAUAUUUUCGUGUUAUGUGUAAAAAUCGAAUGAAAUCAAUAAUUUUAUUUAUAAAUUCAUGUAACCAACGUGGCCAAUAUUCGUAAGUUUCAAAUGAACGUACUGCACAUCCAAGUUGCGCACAGGUUUCUACUUCUGAAUGUGAUCCAAUCGAACUAGACUUAACCUCUGAACGUGAACGAAUCGCUCUAUAAUCAUCGAUGGUUAAUACACACGAACGAAUAGUAUAGAUAGAUCUUAAAACAACGAUAUAUUAAUGUUUAAUAAAUAGUAUUUAUAUACGAAAGACUGUAUGCAUCGAGAAUGUCACUGCAACACUCCUUUUCUGUCCACUUUUAUUAAUCGGACACUAAAUUUUCUCUGAUGCUGUUACUCAUUGUACUAUUAUCAUGGCGGUGGUCCGUCUGUAUGAUUCUACUAUUUGUCGGCUAUGUGCGGAAGACAAUGGCAAUGGAGAAUUAUUGUAUAGGGGCGAGGGUGAUGAUACAGAUUUAAGUUCUAUGGUGAAUCGUUAUUUACCAUUAAAGAUUCGAGAUGAUGGCAAAUUACCUAGAACAAUCUGCCCUGGCUGUAAUAUUCAGCUGGAGGCUACUGUACAAUUUUUUAAAUUAUUGGUGGAUGGGCAACAAAAAAUACGAGAGAUGUGGAAACAUCAGGUCGAAUUGCAAAGAAAAGCAGAAAGAGAACGUUUACGUGUUGAGAGACAAAAUACAGAAGUUAUUACAGGAUUGCCAGAUUCUGAUAAUAACAUAAGAAAUAGUGAAGAUAAUCAAUUAGAACAACAGAUAAUCAUUAAAGUAAUGCCUGAUGGGUCCUUAUAUACUGCUGAACAUGAAAUAAGUUUGCAAAUGGAAGGCUUAAUUAAACCAAGACGAAAAAGAGGUCGGCCUCCCAAAGUUCAUACUGAUAUGGAAUCUAAGAUAAUUUUAAAAGAAGACAUUAUAGAAGGAGUAAGUCAAGGUGAAGAAGAUAAACAAGAGGAAGAGAUUGAAGAAGUUGAUGGUGAUGGUAGACGCCGUAGAAAGCGUAAAGUUCCCAAAAGAUUUAUGGAAGCUGUUCAAGGCAAAGAAUUGGAAAGAAUAUUUAAGGAAGAAGGUGUUAUAGAUGAAGAAGAGGACGAAGAAGCUGAUCAUUUUGAUGAUUCUGAAGAACGAUUAAAUGUCUCAAUUCCAGAUGGUCAAGAAGAAAUAAUUGGACAUUUAGAAACUGAAGAAGGAAAGGAUUUAGGAGAAUUAGUAAUCGUAAAUCGUGGAAGAGGCCGUGGUAGACCAAAAUUGCGACGUCGAAAAAAUAAGUUUACUUGCCAACUAUGUGGUAGAGGUUUUUUACAACGUAGUAGAUAUAUUGUACACAAAAGUUUUCAUAAAAGUGUAAAAUACGAAUGUAGAGAAUGUAAGAAGUUAUUUACAAACAAGGACAAUUUUGCACUGCAUCAAAAAAUGACCCAACAUACUGGAUGUAGUAUUACAGAAAUUAGUGAUGAACAUGAUAAUCAUCAAAACCAAAUAGUUGAAAAUACAAAUUCGGUAUCGAAUAAUGCAUCGUCGAAUGAAACCAAGGAUUCAGGAAAUACAUUUACAAAUAAUCAAAAUAUGGAAAUAGUCACAGAGACUUCAGACAAAAAUGUAACAAAUAAUUCAGAUACAAAUAUUAUGUGUGGACAAUGUGAAAAGACAUUUCACACAAAAGAAUCAUGUGAAUUACAUGUAAAAAUAAUUCAUGAAAACGAAAAACCAUUUAUUUGUAACAUUUGUAAUAAAAGUUUUUCUUAUCAAACAAAUUUAAAAGGUCAUAUGCUAACUCAUGAGGGAAACAAAUCGGACAAAGGAUAUCCUUGUGAUAUUUGUGGAAAAGUAUUAAAUCAUCCAAGUUCUGUUGUAUAUCAUAAAGAAGCUGAACACAAUAAUGGCCGUCGUUUUGUAUGUAAUAAAUGUGGAAAGAGUUUUAAACAUAAGCAAUUAUUACAACGUCACCAACUUGUACAUUCUGAUGAUCGACCUUAUGUAUGCAAAUCAUGUAAUGCUAGCUUUAAAACAAAAGCAAAUUUAAUUAAUCACCAGUCUACACAUACAGGAGAGAAAAAAUAUUUUUGUGAAAUAUGUGGUCAACAGUUUGCUCAUAAAACCAGUUUGACUUUACAUUACAGGUGGCAUACCGGUCAUAAACCAUAUACUUGUGAAGUUUGUCACAAAAGUUUUUCUCAAAAUGGUAAUCUUCAAGAGCAUAUGCGCAUACAUACUGGAGAAAAACCAUACUGUUGUGAUUAUUGUGGACGUAAAUUCACAACUUCGUCACAAUUUAAAUUACAUGUUAAACGUCAUACUGGUGAACGUCCAUGGAAAUGUGAGUUUUGUGCCAAAUGUUUUCUACAUAAAGACACCUGGAAGUGUCAUGUACGUAGGCAUAAAGGAGAGAGACCUUUCCAAUGUGCCCAUUGUAAUCGUGGAUUUACAGAACAAUGGGCUUUAAAAAAACAUCUUCGGUUACACACAGGUGAAAAACCAUAUUCUUGUGAUGUUUGUGGAAAAGCUUUUGCUGAUUGUUCUAACUUAACAAAACAUAAAAAGGUGCAUAGAGAAAGCAAAGUUUUAACAUUAGGUGAAAUAACUGAAGGUUCUGCAGUUGGUGAAGUAUGGCAAAUCUUACCAGGCUCCCAAGAGACAGAUGAAAAUUCAUUAAGUGAUCAAAUGGCUCAAGUCAUUACGGCGGAAGAAACAUCUGCAGAUGGAAUACAACAAAUUAUUUAUGUCUCUUAUCAAGAUCCUGAUGAUCCCAAUUUAUCAAGAACAUUGCAUUUUGUUGAUGCUGGUAUGAUGCGUGAAAAAGAAGGAAUGGUAAGCACUCCAGGACAAUCUUUACCUCAUUUGGAUGUUGAAAAUGAAAUACUCCCCGACCAAACGCAUAAUCACCACACAGCCAAUACUUCGGAUGAACGAAUGGAUAUGGAACUAUCGGAGCCAGAUUUACAAUUACAAAUUACAGAUGAAGAAGGUAAUCCAAUUCCACUUUCUAUACAAGACGCAAGACAAUUAUUGUCACAAGGACAAUUUGUUAGUCAGUUAAAUGAUGGUCAAACUAUUAGAGUUCAUUCAGGUGUAAUCACUCAAGAGUUUGCAGGAUCUUUAGGUGUUCAUGUAAAUCAGAAUAGUAAUGUAUCAACAGUGAAUAAUACUGCAAUCAAUGAAGUAAAUAAAACAAGUUCAAUAUCAACUAUACAAACGGAUGCAGAAGCAAUUGUCAAAGCAUUAGAAGAUGAAGAUACGGAUGCAACAGCUGUUGCUACUAUAAAUCAAAUGGGAGGUGAAGAUCAGGCAGAAAUAUCAGAUGGACAACAAGCUAUAGAAUUUACAACACAGGAUGGACAAAAAGUUCGACUUGUUGCUUCAUACCAUGUUGAUCCAUUGCAACUUGCUUCAGAGUACCUGACUAUUGUAUAAAAACAAUAAUUUAUAUAGCAAAAUAAUUACUAACGAAUAGAACAAAAAAUACUGAUAAAUUAAUCAGACAAAAUGAAUUAUAAAUAAAUGUAAUAUGUACUAAAUAUUAUAGCUUAAACUUAUUACUUAUCUAAUAAAAUGUAGCUAUUACAAUCA